AUGACAACUUAAAAUUAAUGGUCUGAAUUAAACCUAGAGCCAAUAAUACAAAAAGUAAUGAGAGAGGAGUUUAAGUUUAAGUACUUAAUGCCAGUAUAAAAAGCUGCUAUUCCUCAUUUCAUAAAAAAUUAUGAUGUGGCCGUAGAAGCAUAAACAGGAUCAGGUAAAACAUUAACAUUUUUGGUUCCUUUAUUUAAUCAAUUUUCAAAAUAGAAAUAUUCAGAUCAUCAAUUAUUUGGUUUGGUAUUAUCGCCUGCUAGAGAAUUGGCAUAAUAAAUAUAUGAUGUAGCAAAGAAGUUUAAUAUAGUAAAUUAAGCAAAGAUUGCAUUUGCUAUAGGUGGAACAUCAAAUGAACAUGAUGUGAAAUAUUUAAAUGAGAAAGGAUGUAAUAUAUUAAUAGCUACACCUGGUAAAUUAAGAUAAUUAUUGGAUAUGAGUGAAUUAUAAAUAAAUGUUAAAACUUUGGAAUAUUUAAUCUUUGAUGAAGCAGAUAGAUUAAUGAGUAAUGAAUACUAAGAUGAUGUGAGAUUCAUUCUAUCUAAAUUACCAAAAUAAAGAAGGACUGGUUUAUUUUCAGCCACUUUAUCAUCUGCUAAAAUUCAUGAUUUAAUGAAAUUAGGUUUAAGGAAUCCAGUUUAAGUAAAAGUUAAUGCAAAUGAGACUAUGCCUGUAAAGUUAAAGAAUUAUUAUAAUAUAUUUUUAAAUAGAAUGGAUAAAAUUGCUGGAUUGGUUGAUUUAAUAGAAAAGAAAUGUUAAAAUAACAAGAGUAUUAUAUUUUUUAAUACUUGUUGUUCUGUUGUUUAUUAUAGUAUUAUAUUUAAACAACUAUUUCCUGAUUGUAAUAUAUUAAGUAUGAAUGGAUAAAUGGCUUAAAAGAAAAGAUAAAAGAUCGUCAGUAAUUUUAAAAUCACAAAUAAUGUAAUAUUAUUUACAACUGAUGUUUUGGCUAGAGGACUUGAUUUUGAUGAUGUUCCUUUAGUUAUUUAAUUUGAUCCACCUUAAGAUCCUAGUUUCUUUAUACAUAGAUCAGGUAGAACAGCAAGAUAAGGUAAAGAUGGAGAAGCUAUUUUAUUACUUGAAUAACAUGAAAGAGGAUUUAUAUAAUUUUUAGCAAGAUCUAAUAUUGAAAUGAAUUAAUUGGAUAAUAUUAUUUUUGAUUGCUAAUUUUAAUAAUUAAAAGAGAAGUGCUUAAAUAUUGUUACGAAAGAUAGAGAUAUUGUAGAAAAAGGCAAAGCUGCAUUUAUAUCCUUUAUUAGAAGUUAUAAAGAACAUAAAUUAUAAAUAUUGUUUUAAUUCAAUUAAUUAAAUAUAGGUUAAGUAGCAUAUUCAUUUUUCCUUUUAAGAAUACCUAGAAUAAAAGAAAUAUUAAGUAAAAAAAUAGAUUUUGAAUAAAGUAAAAUAGAUCCUAAUUCAAUACCUUUCUUAGAUAAAAAUCAAGAAAAACAAUUUUUAUAAAAAAGGGAAAAUAAAGAUAAAAAAUUAGAAGACAAAAAAUAACAAUAAUUACCUAAGCAAUAAGUAGUAAAGAAAUAAGAAAAGAAUAUUAAGAAUAUUAAAUCUAUUAGAAAGAAGGUUAAAUAAUAACAUGAAUAAGAAGAUGAUGAAGAAUUAAGAGCGUAUUGAAUAUUUAUAAAUAUUAGAGAAUAAAAUCUAGUAAAGAAAUUGAAGUAAGGCAAGAUUACUUUGUAAUAGUUUAAAGAGGAAAUGAAGAAUUUUGAUCCUGAAGAUUUAUAAGAUGCUGAUUAUGAUAAAGAUGAUUUGUGAUAAAUAAUUAUUGU